AGGGUUUAUCUAAGUGUAUAACAAAAUCUAUGAAUUUAAAAAAGCUCAAACGACCUAUAAUUUGGGACGGAACGGAGGGAGUAUUUUGGUUUCCUAUUUAUCAGCUGGUAUAUAUAGAGUGUUAACGUGUUCCAUGUGGCAGAUGAAUAUAUGGAGGCUACUAACGUGUCCCAUGUGCUAUAUAGAGGCAUAGAGCUAUUUCCAAGUUCCCCGUUGUCAAAAUCCUUAAGCCCGCACAGCCAUGUAUUCUACGGACAGGGAAGGAGUGGCACUACUACACUGAAUGUCCGCCCACCGCGGUGGGCCUGUCACUCUGUCUCACCCACCAACCACCAUGGCGAGGCUCCUCGUCGCGGCGGUGUGCCUCGCCGCCGCUCUGGCCCUGGCCUGCCAGUGCCACGAAGCCGCCGGGGGAGCGGCGGCGCUGCCGAAGUCGCUGUCGACGUCGUCGCGGUGGGUCGUGGACGAGCGCGGGCGGCGCGUGAAGCUGGCGUGCGUGAACUGGGCGUCGCACCUGGAGCCGAUGCUGGCGGAGGGUCUGGGCCACCUCCCCCUCGGCGCCAUCGCGGCCGGCGUCGCCGCCAUGGGGUUCAACUGCGUGCGCCUGACCUGGCCGACGUUCCUGGUCACCGACGCCGCGUCCUCCUCCCUCACCGUCGCGGACUCCCUCCGCAGGCUCAACCUCACCGCCGCGCUCGCCGGCGUCGGGGCCAACAACCCCGGCUUCCUGGGCCUGAGCCUCGCCGACGCGUUCGGGGCCGUGGUGCGCGGCCUGGGCGACAGCGGCGUCAUGGUGAUCCUCGACAACCACGUGAGCCGCCCGGGGUGGUGCUGCCGCGCCGGCGACGGCAACGGCUUCUUCGGCGACGCGGACUUCGACCCGGACGUGUGGGUGGAGGGCCUGAGGAGGAUGGCCGCCAUGUUCGCCGGCGAGGAGAACGUCGUCGGCAUGAGCCUCCGGAACGAGCUCCGGGGGCCCAGGCAGAACACCGCCGACUGGUACAGGUACAUGCAGCGCGGCGCUGAGGCGGUGCACGCGGCGAACCCGCGCGUGCUGGUCAUCCUCUCCGGCCUGAACAACGACAACGACCUGGCCUUCCUCAACCGGCGCCCGGUUCACCUCACCUUCUCGAACAAGGUGGCCUUCGAGGUGCACUGGUACAGCUUCUCCGACCCGCACCAGUGGCUCGCCGGGAACGCCAACCAGGUGUGCGCGCGCGUCGCGGCGAGCGUGGCACGGCGCACGCUCUACCUGCUCGGCCGCGGCUGGCCCGUCAUCCUCAGCGAGUUCGGCGUCGACAACCGCGGCGGCAACGCCGCCGACAACCGGUACUGGGGCUGCGUCGCCGCCGCGGCCGCCGGGCUUGACCUGGACUGGGCGCUCUGGGCGCUGCAGGGGAGCUACUACCUCCGGGAGGGCGUCGCGGGGCACGACGAGGCGUACGGGGUGCUCGGCCACGACUGGCUCCGGCCGCGCAACGGCACGGCGCUGCGAAGGGUCCGCGCCCUGCAGCGCCCGUUCAGGGGACCCGGCCUCGACGAGGCGGCGCCGUACGACGCGCUGUUCCACCCGGCGACGGGACUCUGCGUGGUGCGGCGGCGCCGGUCGUCGCUGACGCUGGAGCUGGGCCCGUGCAACGAGACGGAGGCGUGGGAGUAUAAUCCGGAGCACAGGCUGGUGCUGAGGGGCAGUUGGCUCCGGCCGUGCCUCCGCGCCGAGGGCGCCGGCCGGCCGGUGCGCCUGGGCGUGGGGCGUGCGGGGUGCGCCGGCGCUCAGGCCCGGUGGCUCCUCGAGUCGAAGUCGAAGCUGCACGUCGCCGUCCAUGCGCCGCCCUCCUCUUCCUCCUCCAGGAGUGAAAUCCUGUGCCUGGACGUCAGCGCGGACGGCCGGAGCAUCGUCACCAACCGGUGCCGGUGCCUGAGCGGCGGCAGCAGCAGAUGCGACCCGGAGAGCCAGUGGUUCAAGCUGGUGAGCAGCACGAGGAAGGUGGCGAGCGGCAGCAGCGUACUCGCGCAGCUGCUUCUCCACGUGCUUAAAACCUUCAAGAUUUGGUUGUUCAACCUCUUUUGAUCAGUAUCGAUCCGAGACAAUAUUUUAUCUGUGAGUGGUCAAACUCAAUACCAUGUUUCUCCUAUGAUGAAAUGGAGCAGUGUUUCUUGCAGUAACAGGAUACUCCGCUUCUAUAAC